UCACAGGUUGAACAUCGACUAUUCCGCGUACAUCGUUAUUUCUUGGAGCGCGAGUCGCCCUACUUCAAGCGAACCUUCUUGGGACCGUUUUCGCAGACCUCGAAGAACCCCUUUGAUAACAGCCCUAUCAUCUUGGCAGACGUCUCGAUCGAAGAGUUCCGUACUUUAUUGGACUUCAUCUACCAAGGGAUGCACAGGCGCCCGCAGACUCCAGCUUAUUGGACCUCUCUUUUGUCCAUCGCCACCAAAUACGAAUUCCCAGCAAUCAGGACGCGAGCCAUCGCAGAGCUCAAGAGCCCUGACGCCGCCUUGGACCCCAUCGCGGAAAUCGUGCUGGCCAUGACUUACGCGAUACCGGAAUGGCUACCCGGUGCGUAUCAGAAGGUCUGCCUGCGUCCCUCCCCGCUCGAAGUGGAGGAGGCUGAGCGGCUCGGCCUAAGGACGGCGAUGAUGCUCGCCAAGGCACGCGAGCUCGUGAGGACGGCGGUGGCUCAGACGCGCGCCCUGAGGAUGCCGCCGGAUAACGAGGAAACGGUGAAAGCAUACGCGAAGGAGGAUGAAGCGGCAGCGUCAAAGAUAGUGGUGGAGGUGUUCGGCCCUGAAGCCGUGGCGUCCGCGUGA